GAAAAGUCUCAAAUGAGAGUCCCGGCACCCUUGAAGGCCGUUUUCUGACCGUUUUCAUGGUCAGUGCUUCACAUUACUGUUUUAAAAUAAGGAUGAAGAGAUUCGUUCACAAAUGUCAAGACCUAGGUAGGACAAAGUUCGGCUUGGAGACUGCAGCGCCAAGGAGGAGCUCAAAAAAGUUGAUUUUACAUAAUACUCCUUAAUAUAUAGGUAGAAUUCAUUAAAAAACUGUUUUUGCUAAAUUAUUUAUCAGGCCCGCAACAGCUGACUGUGCUCUGCCAUGCCUCAUCUAAGUUCAAAGAGCUGAACUAAAACUGUGGCCAAAGGAAAUUCUUGCACAACAGGCCUACUGUUGACAGAAGAUACGUUCUGUGUACUGAAAGCAGUGCUGACCGAGUGGGACUGUAUGCAGGAUUUUACUGGCGUAUUAUCACAACUAUGUCAGGCUCACCCAGUCCUCUAACCACCCAUGUGCUGAACACUGCUCUGGGGGUCCCAGGAUCAAACAUGACCAUCAGACUUUACCAACAAGACCCUUCAGCCGAUGUCUGGCAUCUGAUAACCUCUGGGACAACUAACAGUGAUGGGCGAUGUCCAGGACUGAUCACACAGCAGCAGUUUCUACCUGCUGUCUACAAAUUGCACUUUGAGACUGGUCAGUACUGGGCCAGUAUGGGACAGACCUCCUUUUAUCCCUAUGUUGAGAUUGUUUUCACUAUACCUGAUCCAGGCCAGAGGUAUCACGUGGCCCUGCUUGUGAGUCGUUUCUCCUUCAGCACAUACAGGGGGAGCUAGAGAGCAUCUGUUGUAACCUUCUAUCAACUUAUCACGAUCUGACUG